UUUAUUCUAAUCAAAAGCCAAUUAAUUUUCUCGGAAUGGUGCUAACUGCUAGCUGUUAACUCAUUAUGACCACUGCGGCUGCAACCAUGGCUGGACCACCAUUACUUCAUACUCAACUCACGUCAUACUGAUGAUCUCCACCAGCAUCAUCAUCACCUUCACUAUCACUAUCUCCAUGCACAGUGGCACAUAUAAACCGGAUUCAACCCUAGACUAGACAUCACUUCACCAUGUUACAGCGUCAAUUCCUUCGUCCACUGCUACGUCCUACCCACCCAAUCCACACCAAUAAUACUAUCCGCCCAGCUAUAUAUACCUCUAGCAGACAUCUCACCUCUACCCCAUCAUACCACUAUUCCACAACUCAACAACACCACUUCUCUCACACACCCACCAGACCUCAGUCGGACCUCCACAAAAUGGCCUCUGCAAGCAACGAGAACUUUAAGCUGGAGAAUCUCUUCGGCGUGAAGGGCAAAGGUAUCCCCAUAUACCCUCCUGCAUCUCUACCCCAACAGCAUACUAACAAAAUACUGCCAGUUGCCCUAAUCACCGGCGGCGGCUCAGGCAUCGGCCUAAUGGCGACGCAAGCACUCGCGACCAACGGGGCAAAAGUGUACAUCACGGGCCGCACACAAGAGAAACUCGACCGGGUAGCAAGCCUCUACAACAAGAACAUAAGCGGGGAGAUCAUCCCGAUUGUGUCAGACAUCACAUCGAAAGAAUCCAUCAGCAAGCUCGUGAAGGAGAUUGAAUCGCGCGAAUCCCACCUCUCCAUCCUGAUCAACAACGCAGGAAUCAGCAGCAGCACGGAUAACACGGAACCCAGCGACGCCACGGAACUGAAGCAGUCGCUCUUCGAUGACGCAACCCCUAUGAGCGAGUGGGAAGAUACCUACCGGACGAAUGUCAUGCAGUUGUAUUUCACCACGACGGCUUUCUUGCCGCUGUUGCAGAAGGGGUCCGAGAGGGAGAAGGGGUGGAGUAGUACUGUGGUGAAUAUUACCAGUAUCUCGGGUAUUGUGAAGGUGUCGCAGCAUCAUUUCGCGUAUAAUGCUAGCAAGGCGGCGGCGAUUCAUUUGACCAAGAUGUUGGCGCAUGAGGUGGCUGAUAGUGGGUUGAGGAUCAGAGUGAAUAAUAUUGCUCCCGGGGUGUUUCCGAGUGAGAUGACGGCGGGCGAGAGUGAUGAGAAACAGAAGAGUGCGUUGGCCAAGGAGAAGUAUGAGGGUAAGGUGCCGGCGGCGAGACCGGGCAAGGAUGAGGAUAUGGCCAGUGCGGUGCUGUUUGUUAGUACGAAUCAGUAUUUGAAUGGGCAGACGGUCGUUGUCGAUGGGGGGUAUGUGUUGGCUGCUGGGACGGUUUAGUGUACUUCAUGUGUGAUUGUAUGUUAAUGUACAUCGAGGUUAUACAUCCAUUCUGAUCUCAUCACUUGAGAUGCUUUGAUCCGUCGAUUGGCAUCGGGGUUUAGCAUCGCGUAUACCACGUUUCUGCAUUGUGCCUGUCACACACACAUUAGCCAUAUACCCCAGACUAUCAUCUACGAGUACAUGAUGUAGAGAAAAG